UGCAUCAGCUUCCGGGAAGCUGUCGCCUCUCUGGCUGGUUUGGAAUUCCUAAGAUGUCAGGUUCCUCUGGGGAGCAGGCUCCUGCCUACAGGUCCAUCCUGAGCAUUAGGGACGAGACAGCCAGGGUGCAGGCCCUGAACGAGCACCUCAGCACGCGUAGCUAUGUCCGGGGGUACUCCCUGUCCCAGGCGGACGUGGACAUGUUCAGGCAGCUCUCGGCCCCUCCCGCUGACACGCGCCUCUUCCACGUGGCUCGGUGGUUCAGGCACAUAGAAGCGAUCCUGGGUGGCCCCUGCGGCAGAGGCGAGCCCUGUGGGCGCCAAGCAAGUAAAGGCCGGCGAGGGCAGCCUCAGUGGUCUCCCCCGGCUGGGUGUCCUCCGUGCAAACUCCGCCUGUAUAACAGCCUCACCCGCAGUAAGGACGUGUUUACACCUCAGCAUGGGAAAAGGGUGACGUGGUACUGCUGCGGGCCUACUGUCUACGACGCAUCUCACAUGGGGCAUGCCAGGUCCUACAUCUCCUUCGACAUCCUGCGGAGGGUGCUGCGUGACUACUUCGGGUACGACGUCUUCUACUGCAUGAACAUCACGGACGUGGACGACAAGAUCAUCACGAGGGCCCGGCAGAACUACUUGUUCGAGCAGUAUCGGGGGAAGCAGCCGCGGGCAGCCCAGCUCCUAGAAGAUGUUCACGCCGCCCUGAAGCUGUUUUCGGUCAAGUUACACGCGGCCACGGACCCCGACAAAAGGCAGAUGCUGGAUCGCAUUCAGCGCGCGGUGAAACUGGCUGCAGAGCCUCUGGAGAAAGCCGUGCAGAGCGACCUCCCAGAGGAGGUGGCCGACCGCUGUGCGGAGGUGCUGUUGCAAGAAGCGAAGGACUUGCUCUCUGACUGGCUGGACUCCACCCUCGGCAGUGAGGUGACUGACAAUUCUAUCUUCUCCCAGCUGCCCAAGUUCUGGGAAGAGGAAUUCCACAGAGACAUGGAGGCCCUGAACGUUCUCCCCCCAGAUGUCUUAACCCGUGUUAGCGAGUAUGUGCCGGAGAUUGUGAACUUUGUCCAGAAGAUCGUGGACAAUGGCUACGGCUACGCCUCAAAUGGGUCCGUCUACUUUGAUACGGUGAAGUUUGCUUCCAGCGACAGACACUCCUAUGGGAAGCUGGUGCCCGAGGCUGUUGGGGACCAGAAAGCCCUGCAGGAAGGGGAAGGUGACCUGAGCAUCUCGGCAGACCGCCUGAGCGAGAAGCGGUCCCCCAACGACUUUGCCCUGUGGAAAGCCUCCAAGCCAGGCGAGCCGUCCUGGCCGUGCCCGUGGGGAAAGGGGCGUCCGGGAUGGCACAUCGAAUGCUCUGCCAUGGCAGGCACUCUCCUGGGAGCCUCGAUGGACAUUCACGGGGGGGGCUUUGACCUCCGGUUCCCCCACCAUGACAACGAGCUGGCCCAGUCGGAGGCCUACUUCGAGAAUGACUGCUGGGUGCACUACUUCUUGCACACGGGCCACCUGACCAUCGCUGGCUGCAAGAUGUCCAAGUCACUCAAAAACUUCAUCACCAUUAAAGAUGCCUUGAAGAAGCACUCCGCACGGCAGCUGCGGCUGGCCUUCCUCAUGCACUCCUGGAAGGACACGCUGGAUUACUCGAGCAACACCAUGGAGUCGGCACUGCAGUAUGAGAAGUUCAUGAACGAGUUUUUCCUAAAUGUGAAAGACAUCCUUCGAGCUCCCGUUGAUAUAACCGGUCGGUUUGAAAAGUGGGAAGAUGAAGAAUCAGAACUGAACAAGAGCUUUUAUGACAAGAAGGCAGCGGUGCACGAGGCCCUGUGUGACAACGUCGACACACGCACGGUCUUGGAAGAAAUGAGGGCUCUGGUCAGCCAGUGCAACCUGUACAUGGCGGCCCGGAAGGCCGCCAGGAGGACCCCCAACCGGGCUCUGCUGGAAAGCAUCGCUCUGUACCUCACCCACAUGCUGAAGAUCUUCGGGGCCAUCGAGGAGGAAAGCUCCCUGGGAUUCCCAGUGAGAGGACCCGGAACCAGCCUCGAUCUGGAGUCCACGGUCAUGCCCUACCUGCAGGUGUUGUCUGAGUUCAGAGAAGGCGUGCGAAAAAUUGCCCGAGAGCAAAAAGUCCCUGAGGUCCUGCAACUGAGCGAUGCCCUGCGGGAUGACAUCCUGCCCGAGCUCGGGGUGCGGUUUGAAGAUCACGAAGGGCUGCCGACCGUGGUCAAGCUUGGGGACAGAGAGGCCUUGCUGCGGGAGAGAGAGGAGAAGAGACGGGUUGAAGACGAGAAGAGGAAGAAGAAGGAGGAGGCCGCCAGGAGAAAACGGGGGCAAGAGGCAGCGAAGCUGGCCAGGAUGAAGAUCCCACCCAGUGAGAUGUUCUUGUUGGAAAGUGACAAAUACUCCAAGUUUGAUGAAAACGGUUUGCCCACACAUGACACUGAAGGCAAGGAGUUGAGCAAAGGGCAAGCCAAGAAGCUGAAGAAGCUCUUUGAAGCUCAGGAGAAGCUCUACAAGGAGUAUUUGCAAAUGGUGCAAAAUGGAAGCUUCCAACAAAACAGUGGGGACUGAGCUUGAAGCCAUCGGUGGCCUGACUUUCUGUCUGCAUCCUUAGUGACGGUGCCCCGUGUUCUGAUCCUGUUUACAGCGGUGCUCGGGUCCUGAGACCAGGACUCCGUUCACAGAGGCCCACGCCAUCUUCGGCGCCAAGACUUCAGUAAUAAAUGUUUCCAGACAGCGAG